AUGCUCCUCAAGAGUGAUGCAAAUGUUAAAGUUACUGCCACUUGUAUACGAGUUCCUGUCAUGCGUGCACACGCCGGGAGUAUAAAUCGUCAAUUUGAGAAUCCCCAUGAUGAGAAUACAGCCAGAGAGAUUCUGAAAAAUGCUCCUGGAGUGGUCAUCAUUGACGACCGGAAAGCCAACCAGUUUCCCACGCCCUUGAAAGUAUCAAACAAAGAUGACAUUGCAGUUGGAAGGAUUAGACAGGAUGUUUCACUUGAUGGAAAUAAAGGAUUGGACAUCUUCAUCUGUGGGGAUCAAAUUCGCAAGGGUGCAGCCCUUAAUGCAGUUCAGAUCGCCGAGUUGUUACUUUAA